AUGGUGCUAUCAUGGCUCCCAAUCAAACUAGCUUAUGAAGAAAGAGAACUGCUUGACCACUUCAUCUAUACGGCGUCUUCCACAUUGGCUAUUUUUGAACCUGACAAGAACGAGUUUUUGGGUCUUUUAAUGCGUCUAGCUCUUUCAGACAGCUCACAAUCGUCGAUGGCUGUGGUACAAUCAGCGUUAGCGCUCUCAUCGUUCCACCGCAAUGGUCUGCAAGCAGAUGUUUACCGAUUCAAAGCUCGCGCCCUCCGUACACUGAUCACAUCAUGCAUUCCCCGUAUCGAAGUUCCCACGCUAGUUCAACAUAUUGCGGCUAGUAUGAUACUCUGCCACCUUGAGAUGCUCGGGAUGCCAAAUGAAGUAUCCUUGUGGUACUGUCAUUUAAGCGAAGCCAAAUAUUUAAUCGACAACGCUUGCGUUAGUGGUCAACAUUUUCAACAUGAAUUUUCCAGACUUCUAGGCUGGGUAGAGUAUCAUAUGGUCAUGGCCCGGUUCAGCAUCCGACACUGGUAUAUGCACGAAGACCUUAUUGAAGGAAUUAAAAGUUCUGUGCAUAUGGACCAAGGCACUUGCCAGUUACGAAAGAUCAAAGAUGUAUCAUACUGCUCACAUGAAAUUCUUCGAUAUUUGUAUAUUAUAUUCGAGACGAUACGAAACCUGACAGAUUCAAUAUACCACAGCGACGAAUACGAAAAUUUCUUGCGUUGCCUCGAAACGACGAUAACUAAUAUUUCCCUAUUCGCACCAGAAGAUAUAUCGGAUACCCUGCGCAGCGUGAGCACAGCCUGGGCGACUACAAUAGAGCUGUUCAAACUAGCUGCUCUAAUUUACCUUAAAAGGGCAUCGCGGAACUUUUCAGGGACAUCAUCCCAAAUCGAUGCAAUGGUUCAGAGGGCGUAUGCAUUUCUCGACGACUUGGAGGCUUUCAAUCCGGUUUUUCCACUGCUGAUUAUUGGAUGCGAGGCUCGGACGGAUGAGCAGAGAAUGAAAAUCCUGGAGCAUGUCGACAGAGCAAUGAAGACUUCGAGUCUGAUGAGCUUGCAUGGACUACAAAACAUUCUCCAGCAGAUAUGGAUUCAGGACGACCUUGCUGUUGAUUAUGAGCUAGACUACUUGAAUAAGUUGGAUGCUGUAAUAGCGUCUCACCAGAUUAUGCCAAGUUUUGUCUAA